AUGGCGGGUGAGAAAGAAAAGGUAUGCGUGACUGGGGCUGGAGGAUUUACAGCCUCUUGGGUCGUUAACCUUCUUCUUUCAAGGGACUAUGUUGUUCAUGGAACAGUCAGACAGCCAGGCCAGUCUCUUUCUUCUCUUCUCUUAGUUGGGGACAGCAAGUAUGCUCACUUGAACAAGCUUGAGAAAGCAUCAGAGAACUUGAAACUGUUCAAGGCAGAUUUGUUGGACUACGACUCUCUGCGUGCGGCUGUUGAAGGAUGCAGUGGAGUCUUCCAUGUUGCCAGUCCUGUACCAGCUGCUCAUAGUGUUGCAGAUCCUGAGGAGUUUCUUGAACCAGCUGUAACGGGAACGCUUAAUGUACUCAAGGCUUGCGUCGAAGCCAAAGUGAAGAGAGUUGUUGUUGUGUCCUCCAUAGCCGCUGUUGUUAUGAACCCUGACUGGCCUAAGGGUCAAGUCAAGGACGAAACCUGUUGGUCUGUUCCUGAAUAUAUUAAAACGACCAAGAAAUGGUACUAUCUUUCAAAAACAGAAGCAGAAAGACAGGCUUUGGAGUUUGGAAAAAGAAAUGGAAUUGAGGUUGUAACUGUUUGUCCUUCUGUCAUUUUGGGGCCAAUUUUGCAAUCCAAUUUGAAUUCCAGUAGCCUUCUGCUAGUUGGGACUGUAAAAGGUGGGGUUGAGUCAUUGGGAUACAAUUACUGGACGUUCGUGGAUGCACGUGAUUUGGCUGAAGCACUGCUUCUUGCAUACAACAAGUCUGAGGCCGGAGAGAGAUAUUUAUGCACAUCACACGCUAUCGGUGCAGAGGAGGUGGUGGAGAAGUACUUGAGGCCUGCAUAUCCUAACUACAGCUAUCCCAAGAUCCUUACCCACACAGAGGAAGAAAAAGAGCACCUCAGUUCGGAAAAAUUGCAGAGGUUGGGUUGGACUUUCCGGUCUGUGGAGGAAACUCUCAUUGAUUCCAUUGAAAGCUACCGGAAGGCUGGAAUUGUGGACUAG